CAUUGUUCUUCCGCCGGUGCACUUCCCUCGACGUUCGCAUUGGACCUUGCACACUGCUCACCGUCCUCUCGCGAGCUGCUCGCCGCUCAGCCUCUCGCUCUCUCUCCCUCUCUCUCUCUCUCUCUCUCUCUCGCCUUUGCAUGAGCUCGCGCUGAUGGCGUCGGCCUGCGUCAACACCCCCGGCAUUUCGCCGGACUCCUUCCCCGCGGCGUACGGAUGGCUCAGCCCCCGCACCUCCUUCAGCCGCGACUUCCCCGACGGCGACCCCUCGCCCACGCCCAAGCCGAUCGCCUCCCCGCCCCGCCCCGCGGCGGACCCGCCGGGGUCCCUGGAGCCCGCCGCCCCCGGGGACUUCGAGUUCUGCCUCAAGGAUCCCGUCGCCAUGCUCCCCGCCGACGAGCUCUUCUCCGACGGGAAGAUCGUCCCGCUCCAGCUCUCCGCCGCGAGGCCUUCGCCGGAGGCGCCGUCCGCGGCGAGCCUCCAGUCGCCGGAGAGCAGCUCCGAGCGUGGCCGGAGGAUCAAGAUGAGCUCCGGCCGCUGGAAGGAGCUCCUCUGCCUCAAGAAGCUAUACCAGAAUCAGAACCCUAAGCGCGCCGAAUCGGCUCCGAAGAGCAACCAAUCUCCGUCCAAAUCGGUGAUGCAUUUUCUCCACCGCAGCUCCAAAUCUACCUCCGAUGCCUCGAAUCUGAGCCUCCCGCUGCUCAGGGAAUCCUCCGACGGCGAGUCCGUCUCGAUCUCUUCGCGUCACUCGCUGUCGUCCUCGUCUUCCUCCAAUCACGAGCUCGAGGACCUCCACCGCCUGUCGCUGGAUUCCGACAAGCCUAACCCUAACUUACUCCACAAGAACGGCAAUACCGUGGCAGCGAUGAACGUCCCCAGGAUGAGACUGGUGAAGCCGAGACCGGACAAUCCGAAGCCGUCGACGGAUCAUCAUCCGGCGGCGAGCAGGGCGGAGAGGAGCCCGAUGCGGAGAUCCACGGAAGAGCCAUCGGGUGGCCUGGCGAACAGGGGAGUGACGGUGGACAGCCCGAGGCUGAACGCGUCGGGGAAGGUGGUGUUCCACAGUCUGGAGAGGAGCUCGAGCAGCCCGAGCAGUUACGGUGGGCCCAGAUUCAAGUACAGAGGCGUGGAGAGAUCGUAUUCGGCGGGUGUUAGGGUCAGUCCGGUCCUCAACGUCCCAAUCAGUUCGAUUAAGGCGGGCUCUGUGUUCGGGUUGGGUCAGUUGUUUUCUUCCUCGUCCUCCUCCUCGUCGGCGUCGUCUUCAUCUUAUUCGCAGCAGAAGAGGGAGGGCAACAAUGGGAAAGGAUCUUCGGGUGGUGGAAGGAAUCAGCAGAGCAACGGCAAGAACCGGAGCGAACGGAGUCAGUGAAAUCUCCCUCUAAUCCCAUCUCCGGUUAGUAAAUGCGACGGCAUUGUCGGUGUUUUCAGAGAUUUGUCCUGUGGUUGAAGCAGCUUUGCUUCGGGUUCAUGAUUAUUACCGGGCCGCCCGGGUUGGGUGAUUAAAUUUGCUUUUUUUCUUUUGCGAUGACUUCAGAUUUAGAGCCAGUCUGUGUACAUAGGGAAGGUUGAUCACUAGUUUAGUGUUGUUUGGAGUUGAGUUUUUCAGCAUUUCGUUAGGUGGGUCUCCUUGGUUUUUGUGCUAACCCUAGUGGGGGCGAUGACUAAUUUGAGGAUUAUUAGGAGAUAUAAAGCCAAACCGGCCAUUGGGAGGGUUUUUGGAGCUACCUUUUGAUGCUCGGGACAGAGAUUCCGGGAACAUUAUUGUCCAAUUGAUGUCCUGAAAGAUAUGGAAUCUCUCUCUCUCUCUCUGUCUCUCUCUCUGAUCAAAACUGUUGUGCUCGUGGAGAUGAAUAGACUCUGAAAUUUGUUA